AUGAGACUACUGGUAGGUAAUAAAGGAGGGCAUUGGCCAAUCAGAGCAGCGACGGGCGGCGGAGCACGUGCCAUCAGGCGAAACAAUAGUCCGGCCCCUGUCAGCCUCAGGCCGUCUGUUCCUGCCCCUUUUGCUGUUUUGGCUUUGGUUUUGGUCCGUGCCAGUGCAAAGAGAGACGAGAGACACUCGCUCGUGUGCGCUACUCUCACCUCCACCUCUGCAACGAAACGAGGCCACGAUUCCUCUGCCUGUCCUGUUCUCGCUGUUCGACGCGGGUUAUCGUCGCCCCGCUGUAUAAUACUGGACCCGUUGACAGCUGCUAUUUGA